CCGCGAUUUCGGCGAACAUGCCGUUGGGCAACAAGGAUGUUGAUGGAAUCGAUGGAGAAGCGACGGCGGCGGACUUGGGCCUUCGUCAGAAGCAUCCAUCGUGGGCAUCGUACAACAAUAUAAAAAGGUUUGAAUGGGCUCAAGAAACAGAGACCAACCUGGGCGUGGAGAUCCGAUGCACGGUAUGCAACAAGGUCUUUAUGAAGCCCCAUCGGAAGCGAAAGCACGACGCGUCAGCGUUCGAGCGGCAUGAAGAAACAGACAAACACAUCAAGGCAGCGGAAAGUCUCGGGAUCGACACUAGACGCACCAGCGCAGUCGACAUGUCGAUACAAAGCCUCGUCACGGACGUGAUAUCCCCCCCGACACCAGACCAAGAUCACCAACAACCUCCUCCGAUCACGGCCACAAAUGCCCCGCCACUUGUGCAAAAGUCCAUGUCAGAUGCAACAUGGGAGUGCUUUCUCCAGAUUGCACUGCUUCCAAGUACUCUACUCGGCCUCGGCCGCGACGGCGUUCGCAAAAUGGUGGCGCGAUUCAAGAUGGAUGACCAUCGGCAGAGUUUGCAAGCAUUGAUCAUGCUCUGUACGCCAAACCCAGAUAUCGUGCCCAGCGUCGUGAGCAACCGCCCAAGUCAUGAAAAGUUUGUUCAGCUGUAUCUGCAGCUGGACGACUUGGGUCUAUUCGACGAGUGAACCCGCUGCGUUCGUGCAGUUGAGCCGACGGCUACAACAAUACGACGGCGCGCAGUUCGUUCCCUUGAGCAUUACGUUGCAUCCACGAAAUCUGUUCGUGUGGUCUCGCUGCGUUCAUCGAACUGCUUCUUGAAACCAACAGCUCUCUAGUUGUUCAGGUGGCCCCCUUUGCCACAAACUGUCAACAGCAGUUGGACGUCCAUGAAAAUCCAC